AACGUUGAACGUGUGGCAAAUAUUGUGGUUUCAUGUCAGCCAGUAGAACUGAACCAGAACUUUUGCUUCAAUGUUUAACCUGCAUCGUCACAGAAUAAUAUCAGGAUGAGUAACUCAACAUUUCUUUUUUCACACACUUUGUGUACGGUGCCUGCAGUACGCGUCACGGUCGCAUGGGGACGCAGGUUAAAAGAGCCCCCUGGUCUCCGCAGUCUCCUCCUCAUCCCGCCCGGCUGUUGCUGCUGCUGCUGCCAGACUGCUACCCGGACUCCGACCAGCCAAGUCAUCCCUACUCCAGCUGGCCUCUUCUACCACCAACACGGGAGCAGAGCAGCAUGUGAAUGGCGGCAGAAAAGAGAAAAGUUGCCAGAGAGGAGGAGGAGGAGGAGGAGGAGGAGGAGGAAGGUCUACCUGCCCGUGCUUCGGCGCACGCCCGCAGUCAGAGCCACGUCCGGUUCCCGCCCCCAAUGCGCACCAGUGGGGGCAGAGAAGGAGGAGGUGGCGGACAGCGGCAAGCUCCUCGUCUGCUGGCGCACACCCGGAGUCGCAGUCACACACACUUCAACACGCACUCGCUGAAGUACACCUGCCGCCUCACACACAGCCUCUCAACCAUGGCCCAGGGGGAGAGUGGGGUCCAAGGGGGUGCCGGGGGGAAGCUCAUCAAGCCCGUGGACCCGCUGUUCACCGGCACCAAAGCCCCUCAGACAGACCUCAGUCCCAAGUUGUCAGUGUGCAGUAAGUUGUGUUUCGCCAUCGGGGGCGUGCCCAAAGAGGUGGCCGCCAGCGCCACAGCCUUCUUCCUGCAGAUCUACCUGCUGGACGUGGCCCAGAUCAAUGCCUUCCAAGCGUCCAUGGUGCUGUUCAUCGGGAGGGCCUGGGGUGCCGUGACUGACCCCGUGGUGGGCUUCUUCAUUACCAAGACCAAGUGGACCAAGAUCGGCAGACUCAUGCCUUGGAUGCUGGGCUGCACGCCCUUCCUGGUGGUCUCCUACUUCUACCUCUGGUAUGUCCCUCCCUUCGCCAGCGGGAGGUUCGUGUGGUACCUGGGAUUCUACUGCCUCUACCAGACCCUCAUCACCUGCUUUCACGUGCCUUACUCUGCUCUCACCAUGUUCCUCAGCACAGACCAGCGAGAGCGAGACUCAGCCACCGCCUACCGGAUGACACUGGAGGUUCUGGGGACGCUGGUGGGCGCGGCCAUCCAGGGUCAGAUUGUGGCCAGCGCCCACACGCUCAAGCACUGCCCCACCCAUAACGUGUCGGCGGGUCACCCGGGCAACGACAGUGGGGGCGAGGUGGUGAAAAGCCUGCUGGUGCGCUCGGAGGAAUACCUGUCCCACGCAAAAGAAGUCUACAUGAUUGCCGCCGGCGUCAUCGGGAGCAUAUUUCUCGUCUGCACCAUCGUCAUGUUCCUGGGUGUCAAAGAGAAGGACGAUCCGUACGCCCCAAAGACAGAGAAGCCCAUUCCCUUCCACCAGGGCUUCAUCAUGGUGAUGCGACACGGGCCCUACCUGAUCCUGACCGCCGCCUUUCUCUUCAUCCUGGUGGCCAUCCAGCUGGUACAGAACAACUUUGUCCUCUUCUGCACCUACGCUGCCGACCUGCGGGAGCACUUCCAGAACAUUGUGCUGACCAUCCUGCUCACACGUGCAGCACGUGUGCUUGUUGUGCAUCAGGUGUCUGCUGUGAUCAGCAUCCCGCUGUGGCAGUGGUUCCUGCAGAGGUUUGGCAAGAAGACGGCAGCUUUUUGUGGCAUCACGUGGAUCAUGCCCUUCACCAUGAUGCUGGUGUUCAUCCCCAACGUGGCAGUGGCGUACGUUGUGGCCGUCUCAUCGGGCCUCAGCGUGGCCGCCUCGCUCCUGCUGCCCUGGUCCAUGCUGCCAGACGUGGUGGACGACUUCCGUCUGGCCAACCCGUACUGCAAAGGUCACGAGGCCAUCUUCUACUCCUUCUACGUCUUCUACACUAAAUUUGCAGCCGCCAUCUCCCUGGGCGUGUCCACGCUGUGCCUGGAAUUCGCCGGUUACGACACCGGAGCUUGCAAGCAGCCGGCGGCGGUGGUGUACACCCUGAAGCUGCUCAUUGGCGCCGCCCCGGUGGCCUUCAUCAUCACGGGCCUCAUGAUCCUGCUCCUGUACCCCAUCACGGAGAAAGUACGGCUGAGGAAUAAACUCCACCUGGAGGACCUGCGGAAACAAAGCAGCAGCUCCAGGGAGGAUUUGGGAUUGAUGUGACGUGAAAGGCGACGCAUUCCAGCAGUGCAUGCUGGGAAAUAUGCCUCAUUAGUGUAUAUUACACUGGGAACAGUUUUUAGCAAACAUUUUUUGUUUUCAUUCUCACACGUACUGUAAAGUCAUCAUGGAGUAAAUAAGAUCAUUUAUACAAAUUAAUGUACAUCAGGGUUUUCUUUUUUUCUUGCUGUGUUUAGCUACACUGUUAUUUAUUUACGAUGACGCCGUUGAAGGAGGAAGGAGAUGAAUGUGACGCAGAGCAGAUUGUGUGUUGUGUUACUUUGUGGAGAUGAGCUAGGUAUGUAAGCAAAGCAGCAAUAAUAAAAACAUCCUGAUUUUUUAUUUAACGAUAGUUGUGUUCUCCUGCGGCUCCUCUAAGCUACAGUGCAGUCGUGUAUUGCUCCCUCUAGUGGUAGGAUGUGGUAUUGACCUUUCGUACUUCCGCUCAAAAAGGGAAAUUUGAUGCAAUCCAGUAGCCUUUUGUUUUUUUCAACACGGGAGUGAUGUCUGGGACAAUCAGCGUGGACACCAGGCGAAGUUGAGACAAUCAGAUUGGCAUGGGAUGGAGUGUCAGGAUGACAACGUUCAUGAAAAUCUGUUUUUUAAUCUGAUAUCCACAAUAAAGCACCUCUUCAUCACGA